AUGAAGGAAGAAACAGACACUGCUAGAGAUACCCCCGAUGGCUCGGCUGCUGGUGACGAUUCGAAGGCCAGUCUUGCCGCGAAGGAUCGAAAAUGCCAGUACUGCCAACAGGCUUUUACAUCCUCAUCAUUGGGUCGACACCUCGACCAAUUCCUUUUCAAGAAGAAACCCGACGGAAUCCACGACGUCGAAGAGAUCAGACGAAUUCGCAGUGGAAUCACCCGGCGCCAGGCCCGAACAUCCACAGGGAAGACCGAGGGCAGUCCCGACCGAGGCCAGAGAAAGGGCCCAUCAGAGCCAUUUACAGCCGCAGACUCGGGAUCGAAGUCGCGCGAGGCUCCGGUGCGCAUGAUGUUUAAUACACCUACCUGGCACGCGACUGGGGUGAUAAACGAUAUUCCAAACCCCAGUCGCGUGCCGGAUGGGCCCAGAAUUGCGCCAUCACAGUCUCGGACAGGGUCGUUACAGCUACCAGACUAUGCAAGUAGAGGUGCUAACUCCAGCAACCCGGAUACGAUGCGGGCGCUGGAGCUGGCACUACGCGAGGUGCUUGAUAAUAUCAAAGCUGCGAGCUCCCGUAUUCGGCCUCGGUUAUCUCCGUUCGACUUCGACAUUCAAGCUCAGACAUUUCCCUCCAUGUGUCUGCAGCUGCUCCCUCCUCCACCCAGCCUGUUUGCGCCGCAUCCGUUUUCCUCUACUGCCUCGUUUCCCCUACAGCCCCCCGGCGCGGAGCACCUCGAUAUAAUCCGCCAAGCCCUUCGCUCGAAGGUGGCACAGUGGCAGACCGACCAACUCGCAGUAGAUUCUACUGGUGCGGCGCACUCGAGACAUGCGAAUAGCGGGGUGGAUCCGAAUAUGAUAUACCGGAGCGCACAACAGCAUGAGGAUAUCAGUUUUCGACACUUGGAACUGGCCUUCAAUCAUUGGAAUUCCCUGCCUCACGACACCCGUCGUGAGGCGUGGCAAUUGGAAAUUACACGUGCAUUUGUGCGGGAGGCAGAGAAGCGCAAAUCCUCAGAUGAGCAACUCGCUCGGGUUCAACAGGAAGCAAACCAGCUGCGUGCUCAGGUAGAGCGCCUCGGAUCAUGCCAGUGGCCUCGUGAGUUCGCACUGUUUCCCCCGGAUACCCUUCCCCUGCCACGGGAGGUAGCGCGGGAAUUAGACGCGCAAGAAAGCUACAUCAGUGCCGAUUCUGCCCGAUGGGACUACGAUAACGUGGUUGCCAAAUGGAAACGUGUUAUCAUGCACGAUAAGGGCAUGGGCAGGAUUGGGGUUGGUUGUGGAAACCCCAGUCCGCUGGGGGAUUCAGAGCAAAGCCAGUCUCAGCAGAGCCCUGAUAUCAGGCCUCCACGCCCAGGCGAAGACACCACCUCUCAUCCGAAUCGAUUGCGCCCCUUGCAAUCUGCUGCGGCUUUGAGCCCAGAUGCUGCGGCUGCCUCCACUCCUGCUUCGUCUACCCACUACGCUUCACCGCACUCUUAUGCUGAUCCUCGCAGCCCAUCCAGCGCCCUACCCAGUGGUAUGGGCCACGUGGGUGGACUGCCUCCGGCUAAGCGACAGCGCCUCAUGAAUGGUACAGAAGACCCGUCUGGUCCUUCGUCCGAGUCUGGUCAUGCUCCGCCCCCUACAGCUGGUAAACCUUGGGGAUCUUCCACCCCCCAUUUAUCUAAUCUUGCUGCACCCUCGGGACAGACGCCUCCAUCGUCGUCCAGGAAUUGA